AAAUAGGAAAGAAUGUGCGGGAGAUUUCACAGUUAUUGUAAAAGGCGACUAUUCGUUACGUAAAUUAACCGCCAUUUUAGAUUUAAGAACGGACGUUUCGAGCGUCUAUUAAUCCUUCAUAUAAAACGAAGUAACGAGAAAAUGAGGGAAUAGUUCUGAGAAACAAAAGUGCCAAAAAAUUGCAAGCUGUUUGGCGUUAUGCGCUGCCAUGUAGAAGGUCAUAUGACCAUAGCAUGGACGAAAUAAAAUAUCAUAUGGUAAUAUACGUAAUUUAGAGCGGUCUUUGUAAUUAACGUUCACGUCUUGCAAACGUUUGCGUAGGCAUUCGCCUGGCCGUUUAUUGUCUCAGCAGUAUUUCAAAUCAACCUGGUUUCCAUGGCCGUUUCCCUUGCUUGGGGGUGGGGGUGGGGGAGUGACGUGGGGGUAGGAUCAGUGCGCGUAUUUCCUUUGGGCUAUGUUCUAAAGUAUGAUGGUAGAUAGAUUGUGAUAGUCUGUGAUGGUUAACAACUAGCAAAUCAAUUGUCGUCUCUUUAACUUGUUUUUGAAAACCAGAUGAAAAGAUAACGAGUUAUUGAGGAAGUUCGUGCUUGUCAAACGCCCAGUUAAAUUUGGUGAUGACGAAUAGGUUGGAAAACAUAUCUAUAUCUCGUUGAAAACGACAGGUGUCAUAUUAAUUUUGUGAUCAUUAGACCUCCCGCCAAGGGACUUCGGGAAUAUCACGUUUAAAGCUAUAGGAGGAAGUGCAGGCUGUAGAGAAUGCCCCUUCUGUUUCGGGUUCUUUUUAACCACAACGAGGUUCAUUAGGUUACUGACACUUUGUUUACGCACUGUCUCAGAAUGAAAGAGGACGCUUUUACUUCCAAGCAAAUAAGGUAGUCCAAUUUACCCCACAACUAGCAAAGGUCUGUGAUCCUUCUUUGGCUGUUACACUGCGACAAAGGUAAAAUGUGAAUUUGACACGCUUGCGAUUAAUUAGGACGAAGUUGCUUUCGAAACAAGCUUAAGAUUCUUUGGCAGUGUUGCCCUCACUUCAGUUUAGCCCCUAUAGAGGCUUGCUAAAUUUGUAAAUUGAUGAACACGGUCGGCGAAUGAAUCGAACCAGACGUAACAUUAUAUCAUGUUAUUAUAGAACCCACGCACGGGCUACGUCCAACUGAGUUGAAACUAUUCCAUGCUCAUAUAUCCAUUCUUUAUAUUAACUAUUUUAUUUCCUGUAAAAACGGAAACAAUUGAAGUAACCAGAAGGCGUUGAAUGCUUUACAGAAGCUAGACGUUUUCUGAAUAUCGAGAUUUAAAAAAAUUGAGCUUCCUCCUGCUAUGAGGACUACAGCCUCCUGUGGAUAAAAUUGAAAAAAUAUUCCAUUUUUGAAAAUGCCAUAUACUAUUUUCAACUCGAGCAAAUAAUUACUGGAUUGUCUUUGCUGUACCUUUACUUUAAUGUUGGUUCUGAACGUUGGGUGGUUUACCAAUUUGAGAACGAAAUGCUAAAGUUAUAUUACGACACUUACACACUGUGAGUUUCCGGCUAGAGGGUCAUCAGUGUAGCGUUGCUUAUGGCACGAAAUUGAACUUCUUUACGCGAAAGACGUUUUGUUCGAGAUUACGAGUUUUUUACUCCUUGUUAUAUUUAUUUAUAGCCUUCGUCAUUUGAUUGUAUUUUGUUCUUAUUGUUUGUAAGGUUUCAGCCUCGAACAGUCGGAUUUGUCUGGAGCUAGUAAGAAACUCUGUUUUGGUAGAGCGUAUCCGUCGCCGUUGUUGAUGACAGGUUUAGAGGACUAGUCCUCCUUCCACGAUAUCCACAAGAUGACCGAGGUCAACAGCCUUGCAACUAACUGUUCUUUUAUGGUCGAUAAUCCCGAGCGACGACGUCAGCUAUUCGGGACUAACAUCGCGGUCAUCGUGUUGAAUUCGAUUUUUGCGUUGACGACUACCUUCCAGAACUUGCCAGUUAUUUACGCGAUUUUGAAAACGCCAUCCUUGCACAAUCCUCCCUACGUCCUCCUGUGCUCACUGGCCACGACGGAUCUCUUGGUGGGAUGCGUCAUACAACCUCUGUACAUCGCACACAAUGCCAUGCUCGUCGAUGGACUGCGCUUUUCCUGCGCGCUGUGGUAUGCCAAAGAGACCCUGUUACUCUUAUUCAUGUUUCUAUCGAUCUGUACCUUGGUGUUGAUUAGCACCGAGCGCUGGCUCGCCUUACAUUUCCACCUCAGAUAUCGUGAAAUUGUCACGAUGUCUCGAACGCUCUCGUCGAUUGGGUCAACUUGGUUCUUUUGCACGGCGUCCGUCAUCGCCUGGCCGUUAGGUCUUAAUAUGUACAGUUUCACAAUGGUCGGCCUUAUUGUUAUUACAGCAGCCGCGCUUCUAUUGCUUUUUACGUAUAUUAAGUUAUUUCUGAUACUGCGGCGUCACAAAGCUCUCAUUGAGAGUCAAGCCAAGCUGCAACCCCAAUCUGUGAACUUACGAAAACAUAGAAAGUCGUCGGCCACCAUGCUGUACCUGGUGAUGUUGUUUUUCAUAUUCUACUCACCUACUUUUUACGCCAUGAUUCAUUACUUGGAAUCAGACUCUGAUUUCAGCAGCGUUAAUCAGACCAUUUUGUGGGAAGUUGCAAAAACAGUGGCGUUGAUAAACGCCUCGGUAAAUCCGAUCAUGUAUUACUGGAAAAUGCGGGAACUUCGACGCGCCAUGCGAAACGUAUUCGGUUUUUCGUCAGCAACGCGGGUUCACGUCGGAGAUGUCAUAACGCCCGGAUCGGGAAGCAUGGACAAUGACUUCAGAAGCAGGAACGAACAACAGCGCCAAGGGUCUUUCUCGGUGAGACCGCGGGGAAGCUUGUCCAACGUGGGGCCUGCCAGGUCUGAUAUACACCAAGAUCAGGUAACAGAAUCGACAACAGAAGCGAAGCCGCAGCAGGAAAAAAAGUUGUUCCUUUUGCCGAGAUUUCUGGAGCCUGGUCCGAGUUUUCGAGGAUAAUUUCCGCUGAAGAAGGGUGAAUAAAACAGGUUAUGUAAUAGAAGCAAUGAACCGUACGAUUUUUUGAGGUGGUUAUGGUGCGAAAAUUCUCGUUAAUUGUCCAGUAUUAUAUAGAAUCCAAGUGGGAUGACGUUAAAGCUCAGUUAAAACGUAGCUUUUUUUUAUAUCAGAGAUCAGAAAACAGAGUUCAAGUUUUCGGUAGAUUUACUGUUCUCGCCUAAACACCAAUCGUGUUUUAAUCGUCUACAUAUUGAGCUUGCGUUUAGUUUACCAGGAGAAAAGAUACAUAGGAUUUCUUUUGACUUUCCAGGGGCUAUUAGUUUAGUUGAUUUCGAUAUUCACGUCGUUGAAGACUGCAAUUUACAGACUUCUUUCAAGGGCCCUUAAAGCAACAAGAAUAGAGUAAAAAAUUAAUUUUCUCUUUCGCCUUGGCUGGAAUUGUCAUAUUUGUCCGUUCCUUAACGUAUUUAGUUUAACUGUUGAAGGCACUUCCCGUUUAGUUUAAGUUUUCAGUUUUAAUUCUUAACAAUUUUGUACUUUUAUAAUUCUUUCCUGAUUUUUCUUGAAAGGAUUCAACCAACAAAAGAAACAAUUCAGUUGAUGCGGAACAUCUAGCGCAGGAUAUGUUUAGACUUUAGUGGACAAUAUUUUGCGUUAUGCUAAUUCUCCUUUCUUUUUUAAUCAUCUGCCCUGGAGAAAACCGAUCUUCAAUUGCUAUCUGACAUGCUAUCAUUUGCUUUUCACUUAUUUUUUCUCCCCUUUUGGCAAAGCGACAAACUGAGUUAAAAACAAAAGCGCACCUGAUUAGAAUCGAAACUAAUAUGUUAGGUAUAUAGCUUGUUUAAUUUGGCAAUUUAAAUUAUGAAAAUGUUUUUAAACCUCCUCAGAUCUCAUAUAAAUUAUUUCCUUUGGCAUAAUAGCUGAUACCUGAUAGUGAUUUUAAUUUUUCUGCGUUUUUCCUUGUGUUAUGUUGUUAAAUAAAGACAAUAGUGUUUUGUCAUCGCGUUAUUGGCAGUUUCCCGUUUGGCGAUUCGUUAUUGAUAGUUUGCCAUGAUGUGUGAUAUUUUUAUUUAGUGCCGUCUUCUUAGUAGACUUGGCAGCAAUUGAAGAUGCUGUUCAAAAUUAGCGAAACUUCAACACCGAAUCUGUAAUUUAACGAUAAUCGCUUUUCCACCUUGAUUUAAAUAAGAUAAUAACGACACUGGAAAUUACCCACGAAUGUAAUGCUAUUGUACAAACGUCUUAAAAUGUACCUAGAUGUUUAAAAACAGGGUCAUGCAUACAGAAAAAACAAGAUAAGUGAAAGCUUUUUUCUCAACUUGAAAUGGCCGAGUCCUGGUAUGGAAAUGACUGACUUGUUCUGUAAAAAUAUAUUGAAAAGGUCUUCUAGUUUAGUAUUUGAUUUAAACUGAACUGUGCCUUGGAUCAAGGACUUAAUAGUUUACUUGAAAUGCCGCAAUGUAUUUAUUUGUUAUGUUAUGGUUUCACCAGGGCUUUUUAUCUUAAAUUAAGUGAUCUUUGACUGUAGUUAUGUUCGACUGGGAUCAAUGAAGAUGGCAUUCUUAACUGUUCUCGCUUGGCACUUGUGUACAAACCGAACUUGAAACCGAAAUUUCAGCGGCUUGUGUAGUAAUUCCUGAUCAUUCGUUGGUUCAGUCAUGUAAUUCUUGGUACCAACUAAAGCUCUGCAGUCACGUUUCUGACGCCAUUAGAAAAGCGGACGUGACCAUUCUCCCUCCAACAGCAUUUUUCAUUCUUUUGUUUUCGUUUGAAAUAUCAGUUGCAGGUGCGCGACUAUGCCCGCGGCUAUGUCAGAUACUGCACUAAAAAAAUAUACGAGGCAGGAAAUUGGUAUUUACCCCAACAUACAGGGAACGUCUCUCAUUGGUUUUAACAAGCCGUAAAUUUCACUCCGAGGUGCUCUUGAUAACACUGAUCACAUUCGAAUUCAUGAUAUCAAUUUGUUCCACGUUAACAAAACUCUUCUUAACGGCCCCAUGUCGUUGUGUGAAGACAUCCAAGCUAGGGCGGUUCUCUUGUCAGCCUUCAUUUGAAUAUUUACAUUUACCCUAAAGACUUAAAAAUGCUAUUCACCGCGGCCAUUCUUAUUAUUGUUUAAAAUAACUAGGAAAUAUGGCUGACAAACCAGCCAAACUGAUAUUCACUGAGCUAAAGUUUAGAUCGAGCAUAAUUACGAUGCAAAAGUCGUUAUUUAAAAACGUGAUGUUGUCAGCAACAGUUUCUCCCUUAUUCUUUAUUGGCAAAUCCCACCUGCGCAAAACUAUUUGUUGAGAUCAAAUUGUUCCGAGGCCUUUGACUUUUUCCGUGUUGAUUAAGAAUGCGCAUGACAUUAAGCGUGUAAAUGACUCUUUCCGCGCAAUUCAUUGUAAUUGAAUGAGCAUUAUUUUGGCGUCUUGGAUGUGAACGAUUAGUGCGUUCCUGCUUAGAGGGAUCAAGUUUCUUGCGUGUUUAGCACCUAGCAACAACAAAGUGGCUAUUUGCACAUGAGCGCGCUUUUUCAGUGGAGUGUAACACGUAAUGAGUGCGAGGAAACGACACGAUUGGAGAUUUCAGUCUUGUGUUUGUAAUUUUUUUCAGAGAGCGUAUCCGUCGCCGUUGUUGAUGACAGGUUUAGAGGACUAGUCCUCCUUCCACGAUAUCCACAAGAUGACCGAGGUCAACAGCCUUGCAACUAACUGUUCUUUUAUGGUCGAUAAUCCCGAGCGACGACGUCAGCUAUUCGGGACUAACAUCGCGGUCAUCGUGUUGAAUUCGAUUUUUGCGUUGACGACUACCUUCCAGAACUUGCCAGUUAUUUACGCGAUUUUGAAAACGCCAUCCUUGCACAAUCCUCCCUACGUCCUCCUGUGCUCACUGGCCACGACGGAUCUCUUGGUGGGAUGCGUCAUACAACCUCUGUACAUCGCACACAAUGCCAUGCUCGUCGAUGGACUGCGCUUUUCCUGCGCGCUGUGGUAUGCCAAAGAGACCCUGUUACUCUUAUUCAUGUUUCUAUCGAUCUGUACCUUGGUGUUGAUUAGCACCGAGCGCUGGCUCGCCUUACAUUUCCACCUCAGAUAUCGUGAAAUUGUCACGAUGUCUCGAACGCUCUCGUCGAUUGGGUCAACUUGGUUCUUUUGCACGGCGUCCGUCAUCGCCUGGCCGUUAGGUCUUAAUAUGUACAGUUUCACAAUGGUCGGCCUUAUUGUUAUUACAGCAGCCGCGCUUCUAUUGCUUUUUACGUAUAUUAAGUUAUUUCUGAUACUGCGGCGUCACAAAGCUCUCAUUGAGAGUCAAGCCAAGCUGCAACCCCAAUCUGUGAACUUACGAAAACAUAGAAAGUCGUCGGCCACCAUGCUGUACCUGGUGAUGUUGUUUUUCAUAUUCUACUCACCUACUUUUUACGCCAUGAUUCAUUACUUGGAAUCAGACUCUGAUUUCAGCAGCGUUAAUCAGACCAUUUUGUGGGAAGUUGCAAAAACAGUGGCGUUGAUAAACGCCUCGGUAAAUCCGAUCAUGUAUUACUGGAAAAUGCGGGAACUUCGACGCGCCAUGCGAAACGUAUUCGGUUUUUCCUCAGCAACGCGGGUUCACGUCGGAGAUGUCAUAACGCCCGGAUCGGGAAGCAUGGACAAUGACUUCAGAAGCAGGAACGAACAACAGCGCCAAGGGUCUUUCUCGGUGAGACCGCGGGGAAGCUUGUCCAACGUGGGGCCUGCCAGGUCUGAUAUACACCAAGAUCAGGUAACAGAAUCGACAACAGAAGCGAAGCCGCAGCAGGAAAAAAAGUUGUUCCUUUUGCCGAGAUUUCUGGAGCCUGGUCCGAGUUUUCGAGGAUAAUUUCCGCUGAAGAAGGGUGAAUAAAACAGGUUAUGUAAUAGAAGCAAUGAACCGUACGAUUUUUUGAGGUGGUUAUGGUGCGAAAAUUCUCGUUAAUUGUCCAGUAUUAUAUAGAAUCCAAGUGGGAUGACGUUAAAGCUCAGUUAAAACGUAGCUUUUUUUUAUAUCAGAGAUCAGAAAACAGAGUUCAAGUUUUCGGUAGAUUUACUGUUCUCGCCUAAACACCAAUCGUGUUUUAAUCGUCUACAUAUUGAGCUUGCGUUUAGUUUACCAGGAGAAAAGAUACAUAGGAUUUCUUUUGACUUUCCAGGGGCUAUUAGUUUAGUUGAUUUCGAUAUUCACGUCGUUGAAGACUGCAAUUUACAGACUUCUUUCAAGGGCCCUUAAAGCAACAAGAAUAGAGUAAAAAAUUAAUUUUCUCUUUCGCCUUGGCUGGAAUUGUCAUAUUUGUCCGUUCCUUAACGUAUUUAGUUUAACUGUUGAAGGCACUUCCCGUUUAGUUUAAGUUUUCAGUUUUAAUUCUUAACAAUUUUGUACUUUUAUAAUUCUUUCCUGAUUUUUCUUGAAAGGAUUCAACCAACAAAAGAAACAAUUCAGUUGAUGCGGAACAUCUAGCGCAGGAUAUGUUUAGACUUUAGUGGACAAUAUUUUGCGUUAUGCUAAUUCUCCUUUCUUUUUUAAUCAUCUGCCCUGGAGAAAACCGAUCUUCAAUUGCUAUCUGACAUGCUAUCAUUUGCUUUUCACUUAUUUUUUCUCCCCUUUUGGCAAAGCGACAAACUGAGUUAAAAACAAAAGCGCACCUGAUUAGAAUCGAAACUAAUAUGUUAGGUAUAUAGCUUGUUUAAUUUGGCAAUUUAAAUUAUGAAAAUGUUUUUAAACCUCCUCAGAUCUCAUAUAAAUUAUUUCCUUUGGCAUAAUAGCUGAUACCUGAUAGUGAUUUUAAUUUUUCUGCGUUUUUCCUUGUGUUAUGUUGUUAAAUAAAGACAAUAGUGUUUUGUCAUCGCGUUAUUGGCAGUUUCCCGUUUGGCGAUUCGUUAUUGAUAGUUUGCCAUGAUGUGUGAUAUUUUUAUUUAGUGCCGUCUUCUUAGUAGACUUGGCAGCAAUUGAAGAUGCUGUUCAAAAUUAGCGAAACUUCAACACCGAAUCUGUAAUUUAACGAUAAUCGCUUUUCCACCUUGAUUUAAAUAAGAUAAUAACGACACUGGAAAUUACCCACGAAUGUAAUGCUAUUGUACAAACGUCUUAAAAUGUACCUAGAUGUUUAAAAACAGGGUCAUGCAUACAGAAAAAACAAGAUAAGUGAAAGCUUUUUUCUCAACUUGAAAUGGCCGAGUCCUGGUAUGGAAAUGACUGACUUGUUCUGUAAAAAUAUAUUGAAAAGGUCUUCUAGUUUAGUAUUUGAUUUAAACUGAACUGUGCCUUGGAUCAAGGACUUAAUAGUUUACUUGAAAUGCCGCAAUGUAUUUAUUUGUUAUGUUAUGGUUUCACCAGGGCUUUUUAUCUUAAAUUAAGUGAUCUUUGACUGUAGUUAUGUUCGACUGGGAUCAAUGAAGAUGGCAUUCUUAACUGUUCUCGCUUGGCACUUGUGUACAAACCGAACUUGAAACCGAAAUUUCAGCGGCUUGUGUAGUAAUUCCUGAUCAUUCGUUGGUUCAGUCAUGUAAUUCUUGGUACCAACUAAAGCUCUGCAGUCACGUUUCUGACGCCAUUAGAAAAGCGGACGUGACCAUUCUCCCUCCAACAGCAUUUUUCAUUCUUUUGUUUUCGUUUGAAAUAUCAGUUGCAGGUGCGCGACUAUGCCCGCGGCUAUGUCAGAUACUGCACUAAAAAAAUAUACGAGGCAGGAAAUUGGUAUUUACCCCAACAUACAGGGAACGUCUCUCAUUGGUUUUAACAAGCCGUAAAUUUCACUCCGAGGUGCUCUUGAUAACACUGAUCACAUUCGAAUUCAUGAUAUCAAUUUGUUCCACGUUAACAAAACUCUUCUUAACGGCCCCAUGUCGUUGUGUGAAGACAUCCAAGCUAGGGCGGUUCUCUUGUCAGCCUUCAUUUGAAUAUUUACAUUUACCCUAAAGACUUAAAAAUGCUAUUCACCGCGGCCAUUCUUAUUAUUGUUUAAAAUAACUAGGAAAUAUGGCUGACAAACCAGCCAAACUGAUAUUCACUGAGCUAAAGUUUAGAUCGAGCAUAAUUACGAUGCAAAAGUCGUUAUUUAAAAACGUGAUGUUGUCAGCAACAGUUUCUCCCUUAUUCUUUAUUGGCAAAUCCCACCUGCGCAAAACUAUUUGUUGAGAUCAAAUUGUUCCGAGGCCUUUGACUUUUUCCGUGUUGAUUAAGAAUGCGCAUGACAUUAAGCGUGUAAAUGACUCUUUCCGCGCAAUUCAUUGUAAUUGAAUGAGCAUUAUUUUGGCGUCUUGGAUGUGAACGAUUAGUGCGUUCCUGCUUAGAGGGAUCAAGUUUCUUGCGUGUUUAGCACCUAGCAACAACAAAGUGGCUAUUUGCACAUGAGCGCGCUUUUUCAGUGGAGUGUAACACGUAAUGAGUGCGAGGAAACGACACGAUUGGAGAUUUCAGUCUUGUGUUUGUAAUUUUUUUCAGAGAGCGUAUCCGUCGCCGUUGUUGAUGACAGGUUUAGAGGACUAGUCCUCCUUCCACGAUAUCCACAAGAUGACCGAGGUCAACAGCCUUGCAACUAACUGUUCUUUUAUGGUCGAUAAUCCCGAGCGACGACGUCAGCUAUUCGGGACUAACAUCGCGGUCAUCGUGUUGAAUUCGAUUUUUGCGUUGACGACUACCUUCCAGAACUUGCCAGUUAUUUACGCGAUUUUGAAAACGCCAUCCUUGCACAAUCCUCCCUACGUCCUCCUGUGCUCACUGGCCACGACGGAUCUCUUGGUGGGAUGCGUCAUACAACCUCUGUACAUCGCACACAAUGCCAUGCUCGUCGAUGGACUGCGCUUUUCCUGCGCGCUGUGGUAUGCCAAAGAGACCCUGUUACUCUUAUUCAUGUUUCUAUCGAUCUGUACCUUGGUGUUGAUUAGCACCGAGCGCUGGCUCGCCUUACAUUUCCACCUCAGAUAUCGUGAAAUUGUCACGAUGUCUCGAACGCUCUCGUCGAUUGGGUCAACUUGGUUCUUUUGCACGGCGUCCGUCAUCGCCUGGCCGUUAGGUCUUAAUAUGUACAGUUUCACAAUGGUCGGCCUUAUUGUUAUUACAGCAGCCGCGCUUCUAUUGCUUUUUACGUAUAUUAAGUUAUUUCUGAUACUGCGGCGUCACAAAGCUCUCAUUGAGAGUCAAGCCAAGCUGCAACCCCAAUCUGUGAACUUACGAAAACAUAGAAAGUCGUCGGCCACCAUGCUGUACCUGGUGAUGUUGUUUUUCAUAUUCUACUCACCUACUUUUUACGCCAUGAUUCAUUACUUGGAAUCAGACUCUGAUUUCAGCAGCGUUAAUCAGACCAUUUUGUGGGAAGUUGCAAAAACAGUGGCGUUGAUAAACGCCUCGGUAAAUCCGAUCAUGUAUUACUGGAAAAUGCGGGAACUUCGACGCGCCAUGCGAAACGUAUUCGGUUUUUCGUCAGCAACGCGGGUUCACGUCGGAGAUGUCAUAACGCCCGGAUCGGGAAGCAUGGACAAUGACUUCAGAAGCAGGAACGAACAACAGCGCCAAGGGUCUUUCUCGGUGAGACCGCGGGGAAGCUUGUCCAACGUGGGGCCUGCCAGGUCUGAUAUACACCAAGAUCAGGUAACAGAAUCGACAACAGAAGCGAAGCCGCAGCAGGAAAAAAAGUUGUUCCUUUUGCCGAGAUUUCUGGAGCCUGGUCCGAGUUUUCGAGGAUAAUUUCCGCUGAAGAAGGGUGAAUAAAACAGGUUAUGUAAUAGAAGCAAUGAACCGUACGAUUUUUUGAGGUGGUUAUGGUGCGAAAAUUCUCGUUAAUUGUCCAGUAUUAUAUAGAAUCCAAGUGGGAUGACGUUAAAGCUCAGUUAAAACGUAGCUUUUUUUUAUAUCAGAGAUCAGAAAACAGAGUUCAAGUUUUCGGUAGAUUUACUGUUCUCGCCUAAACACCAAUCGUGUUUUAAUCGUCUACAUAUUGAGCUUGCGUUUAGUUUACCAGGAGAAAAGAUACAUAGGAUUUCUUUUGACUUUCCAGGGGCUAUUAGUUUAGUUGAUUUCGAUAUUCACGUCGUUGAAGACUGCAAUUUACAGACUUCUUUCAAGGGCCCUUAAAGCAACAAGAAUAGAGUAAAAAAUUAAUUUUCUCUUUCGCCUUGGCUGGAAUUGUCAUAUUUGUCCGUUCCUUAACGUAUUUAGUUUAACUGUUGAAGGCACUUCCCGUUUAGUUUAAGUUUUCAGUUUUAAUUCUUAACAAUUUUGUACUUUUAUAAUUCUUUCCUGAUUUUUCUUGAAAGGAUUCAACCAACAAAAGAAACAAUUCAGUUGAUGCGGAACAUCUAGCGCAGGAUAUGUUUAGACUUUAGUGGACAAUAUUUUGCGUUAUGCUAAUUCUCCUUUCUUUUUUAAUCAUCUGCCCUGGAGAAAACCGAUCUUCAAUUGCUAUCUGACAUGCUAUCAUUUGCUUUUCACUUAUUUUUUCUCCCCUUUUGGCAAAGCGACAAACUGAGUUAAAA